AUGGGGUGCUUCACCUUUAUCAAGGUUAUGAUGAUCCUCUUCAACCUGGCCAUCUUCCUUAGUGGUGGGACCCUCCUGGGAGUUGGCAUCUGGGUCAAAGUGGAUGGAGAGUCAUUCCUGAAUAUAUUUGGGGCGCUAUCCUCUAGCGUCCUGCAGGUUGUGAAUGUGGCCUAUCUCCUCAUCGUCAUUGGUGCCAUCCUCCUGGUGAUUGGCUUCCUUGGGUGCUAUGGUGCCCAGAAGGAGAGCAAAUGUCUCCUGAUGAUGUUCUUCUCAGUGGUGCUGAUCAUCUUCAUUGCUGAAGUUGCUGCUGCUGUGGUGGCUCUGGUCUUCACAGGUCUUGCAGAGACGUUGCUGACAGGUCUGGUGACCCCGCUUCUGAAGGAGAAGUAUGGGCUGGAUCCUACAUUCACACAGAUCUGGAAUGUCACCAUGACAGAGGUUCACUGCUGUGGCCUGAAUAACUACACAGACUUUGAUGACUCCUACUUUUAUGGGAAAUAUCACAGCUACCCCAGCCAGUGCUGUGGUGACACAGGGGCACUCUGCAACAGCACACUGGCUGCAGAAAAGGCUGUCAAGGGCUGUUUCCCACAGAUCUUGGAAGAAAUCAGGACCAAUGCAGGAGUGGCGGGUGGCGUGGCAGCCGGCAUCGCUGCCUUGGAGAUUGCGGCCAUGGCAGUUUCCAUGUACCUGUACUGUCGGCUGGAUGAGAAGUGA